AUGAUUUUCGACAAGUUAAAAAAGUUGAACAUCGUUUUCGACGCCCCGGACUUGGACUGUCCUCCCGUGUACAGCAGCGGGGACGUGGUAUCCGGGCGUGUGGUGGUGGAGCUCACCGGGGAGAGCCGCGUGGAUUCCCUGAAGCUCCACGCCGAAGGUUUCGCUAAAGUUCACUGGACAGAGUCUCGCUCGGCCGGCUCCAGCACCGCUUACACGCAGAACUACAGCGACGAAGUGGAGUACUUAAACCGGAGAGAAGUGCUGCUGCAGGCAGAUAAUGGCGAAGUGACCAUCCUUCCUGCUGGCAGACAUGAAUUCCCUUUCAGUUUCCAGCUGCCAGAGGAGACACUGGUCACCUCCUUUGAGGGGAAACAUGGUAGCAUUCGUUACUGGGUCAAAGUCAAGCUACACAGACCCUGGGCCACCGUCAGGAAGAUAAAAAAGGAGUUUACUGUCAUUGAGCCCAUUGACAUAAACACACCAGCAUUACUUGCACCACAGGCUGGAACAAAGGACAAGAUGGCACGGACGUGGUACCGAAACUUUGGACAAGUUUCUGUCACAGCAAAGAUUGACCGCAAAGGUUAUACACCAGGUGAAGUCAUACCCGUUUUUGCUGAGUUUGACAACUCUACUUCGCGGUCGAUUGUGCCCAAAGCGUACAUCACUCAGACUCAGACGUUCAUCGCUCGUGGUACCAUGAAGCAGAAGCGGUCAGUGGUGGCCACUCUGAGCGGUGACGUGGUAGGCGCCAGGUGCAGAGAGACCUGGCACGGUCGGGCUAUCAAGAUCCCGCCCGUGGGUCCGUCCAUCCUUCAGUGCCGCAUCAUCAAAGUGGAAUACAUGUUAAAGGUGUGCGUUGAUGUCCCUGGAACCUCCAAGCUGUUUCUUGAGCUGCCUUUAGUCAUUGGCACAAUUCCACUCCAUCCGUUUGGAAGCAGGACUUCUAGCGUUAGCAGCCAGUACAGCGUCAAUCUGGAAUGGCUGCGUAUGGCCAUCCCGGAGCAGCCUGAGCCUCCUCCAGAGUACAGCUCUGUUGUGGCGGAGGGGGAGGCCGAGCAGUGCGGCGGCAACAACAACAGCAACAACGCGGCGGCUCCUCAGCCGGCCGAAGAUCUGAGCGGGAUCCUCGAGCGUCCCCUCAUGGCUUUUGUGCAGGAGUUCCGCUUCCGCCCUCCGCCUGUGUACAGUGAGGUUGACCCCAACCCUCAGCCUUUCAACAUGAGGCCUCGCUGCAUGACGUGCUGA